AUGGCGGAGGUGUCACAAAAAAAAACAGAAUUUCUCGCUCUAUCCGUUUUAGAAGACAUAUGUGAUCAAUAUGUGGAAGAGUUAAAAUUAUACUUAAACAACCAAAGAGCUAUUUGUGCUAUGAGAGGUACCAGUGAUCGGAGCAUGCCAAGAUAUAGUUUUGUUGCUUUAUCAAGAAAAAUAUUUGAUCAGUAUGAUACUUCUGUGAUCGCAAGUUUGUAUAUUUCUCUGUUCGAUAGUUGUGAUGAGUAUUAUAAGAAGAAAAAAACGAGAACGGUUGGAAUUCGUGCGGAACUACUCACGAUGGAUGUCUCCGAAUUAGUUUUGAAUCUUAUGGUUCCUUAUCAGUUACCUCAUACUACUAAGAACGCUGAUCCUCAUAAUCCUAAAUUAGUUAAACGCUCAACCAUAAACCCUCGAGUUCGGCUCACUCAGGAACAGUCCAAAGAUCUUCUGGUCCGUUGUUUGCCCAUUCCUGUCUCACCAGAGUUUUGGAAACAAAUUCGGUUCAUUCUAAUGCCUGAAGGAAGCGUUAGAAGAUGCUCACAGUUUGCCGCUUUAAUAGGAGAAGCUGCUGAAAAUGGGAAAAUAUCUUAUGGAGCCUUAGUUCACUGUAUGCAAAACGAUUCUUUGAAUCGCAACUUGAGUCCCAGAUGUAUUCUGCAAGCUUUGUACCUAGGAUUUCUUCGGGCUUCAACAGUUGAAUUUUUUGCCUCUGGACGACCAGCAGAGUUCAGAAAGCAGUGUCGGGAGUUUAUUUUUCUUGCUGAAAUCGCUAAGAAAGAUCCUAUCGCCUUCAAGAAGUACUGUCCUCCGAAUAUCGAAAAGAAUCCUUAUUUAUGCAAUUAUCGUACUUUUCUCACCCACGCUACUCAACUGUUAGAUGAACUGCGUGGAGUCAAAAAAUCGAUUCCACCUAUUAGUUAUGGAUGGGCUUGUGCUGCUAUAAAGAAGUUUGGAAAAAGAACCUACCACGAUAAAACGUGGCCUACUGAGAAUCUCUUUGAUUUGAUUUGGACAGUUUUAGUUCAAAGACCUAGUCUGAAAAGAUUCAUUUGUGAAACCCUUGAAAAAGAGUUUCAGGACAUUGAAGCUGCGCGGUUCUGGAGGAGGAUGCAACCGGAUCAACUUGACAGAAUCCAUAUUCAGAAUAGAUUGAAUACCCGGAUCGAUCCUCUUUUCACAUCUUCUGAGUACCUGAAUUUUCCUCCAUAUGUCAAAGGUGUACAAAUCAUUUCGCAUCCGUCUCAAUUGAGUUUUUUGACUAGUCAAAUCAGAGAAGAAGUGGUGAGGGCAGGGAAAGCGAUUGUUGGACUUGAUGCUGAAUGGACGGCUUUCACCGGAGCGAGCAAGGCCAAUAUAUUGCAAGUUGCGGUUCGCAGUAUUAUUUAUAUAAUUGAUUUGGAUGCACUUAGUACCCAAGCAGACCUGAGACAUUUUUUUGUUGAUCUUUUCCUCGACAGAAAGAUAGUUAAAUUAGGUUUUCAAUUUUUUGAAGAUUUAUUGCAAUUACGUAAUGCUGUUUCCCACUGCCGAGCUUUGUAUGAGCCGGAGAAUGUUUUAUGUGUUGGUAAAAUGGUUCGAUCUUUUAUUGAACUCAGCGAAAAACAUCCUGACUGUGCUGAAAUUUUAAAUGAUGUUGUCCCAUAUUUCUCAUUGACUCCUCUGGACGAUACAAUGGAGUCUCUGCCGGAAGAGCUCGCAGCCGCUGCUGCCACUGAUGGAUCAACUAUCAAUAUGGAGGAGAAAGAAAGAGAAGACCUUAGUGACGUCCACGAAAGUAUGACAGGGAAUGAUGUAGAUGAAGUAGAAGGUAUGGGAAAAGCUGAUGUGGACGGAGGAUUAGAGACUGAUCGAGUGAGAGAACCGCUGGAGCCCCGCAAGGUGACAUCACCUACGAACAGCGACUGCCCACCAGAUCGGUUAUUGAACAAAGGUCUCUCCUAUUUUUGCGAAAAAAUAUUAGGGCGUCCGUUGGAUAAAACUGAGCAGUGCAGUGUUUGGGAUCGUCGUCCACUGAGGCCACUACAGAUACGCUAUGCUGCAAUGGAUGCUUAUUGCUGUAUAAUGCUAUAUGAUGUGUGCUGUAAAUGGGCAAAGCGACUUGGUACAGAUAUUGAGACAGUAGUAUCAAAUCAAUCACCAAUCAGAGUCUCUUUACCAUUGUUCAGUGAUGGCGGCUAA